UUUUAUGAAUUUAAUGUUCUCUUGUGAACUGUAGGCUUCUCUAUGCCUUGUGGUUAUUGGUCAAUAUUUUGUACAACAUGUUUUGAGUUUUGAGUUAACCCUCAUGAACGAUAUGUAUUAAUAUAUUUUAUAAAUUUAAAUAUUCACAGAAUACGUACUAUUUUACGUACUGGCGAUGAGCUGUAAAUAUUGUGUUUGAAAUAUGUGUAUUUUUCUGUUUUGUUUUCGAUUUAGUUGGAAUUAUGUAACUAGUGUCGUGUUAAAGAAGUGAAUAAUGUUUAGUUUAAGAGAGGACGGGGGCUCCGUGCCGUCGGCUCCCUCGGAGCUGGCGAAGGCAGGGCAGUCCUCCGGGGACAUAGCUCUGGAGCAGCUGUACCCGGCCCUGCUGCAGUGCUUCGUCGUCAUCUUGUCCGGCUACGCGGCCGGUCGCCUGAACCUGAUCUCGGAGACGGAGGCCAAAGGACUGAACACCUUCGUGAGUUUGUUCUCCCUGCCGUCGCUGAUCUUCCUGUCGCUGGCGGAGCUGGACCUGUCGUCGGUGAAGUGGCAGUUCCUGGGGGCCGUGCUGCUGGCCAAGGGGGCGGUGUUCCUGGUGGUGGUGGUGGUCACGCUGCUCGUGAGCCGUCCCUUGGCCCCCGGCCGGGCCGGCCUGUUCGCCAUCUUCUGCACCCAGAGCAACGACUUCGCCGUGGGCUACCCCAUCGUGGCAGCAUUGUAUGAGAAAGUUCAUCCAGAAUACGCUAGCUACUUGUAUCUGAUGGCACCUAUUUCUCUCGUAAUACUAAACCCCUUGGGGUGCAUCCUGAUGGAAAUAGGAAAACACUACAACCUUCAAGAGCAGAAUGUAAAAGUUAAAAAGUUGCGUCUGAUAGCAACUGUUGCCAAAAGUAUCAUCAAGAAUCCAGUAGUGUUUAUGACUAUACUGGGUAUGUUGGGGAACCUGAUAUUCUCACAUAACCUGCCUCUUUGGAUUCAUUCCAUCCUUCAAGUGUUUGGCUCAGCCUUUGCAGCGACAGCCCUGUUCCUCCUUGGCUUGCGGAUGGUGGGCAAGUGGCACUCCAUGCAAGGAACACACCUGUUGGUGCCCUGCAUCCUUGUGGUGGUCAAACUCGUCGCUCUGCCUCUGGUGAUCCGCGAGGUGGUGAGCCAGUCGCACGCUGGCGUCAACGUCUCUGACAACCUGGAUCUGAGCACGUACGGCUUCCUGUACGGCACGUUCCCGGCGGCGCCAGGCGUCUUCGUGUACGCCUUGCACUACGGGCAGGAGGUGGACCUGAUCGCCAUAGCGAUGGUAGCCUGCACGUUCAUCUCUGCACCGUGGAUGUUCGUGUCUGCCCGCAUGAUCACCAUCGACAAGGUGCAGCCGUCUAAAGAUCUGGACAACUACUCGUUUGACAUCAGCAUUGUGGGAAUUAUAGCAUCUGCGUGGUUGCUGGUCAUGUUUGUUUACACUGGAAAAUACAGAAAAGCUCUUCACAGGAUAACCUGCUGUUUGCUGAUAUCUCAGUUGCUGAUGUGCGUGGGAGCUGUGCUGUGGACCGUGCUGGGACGUGCCUCAGCCUGGAGCAUGUACCUGCAGUUCGCGGUGUAUGCUGUGGGUGUGCACAGCUCGCGCCUGUGGACCGUGUUCUUGGCAGCUGCGCUACAUCUGCUGCACGCCCGCAGUCUGUGUUUCGUGCUGCGUGCGCACGUCUGGUUCAUCGUUCUGGGCUUCGGACUUCCUCUGGUGAUGGCUACAGUAAUUAUGGUUGCUGUCGAGAGUCCAGUGAAUGACGACACUGUAUUCAUCAGCUUUCAGUACGGCGUGCCACAGGCAGCUGUGUCAUCAUGCUUCAUGAUCGUCUGCUUCAUCACGAUGCUGGUGUUCUUGGUGCAGCACGAGCGCUACCAGCGACGCCACGCCCAGUACCGCCAACUGGCACAUGAUAUCAGCCAUCCUACAGACCCUCCCCAGCCCCCGGCCUCCACUUCUGCCACACACGCAGCGCCGGGGCCUGACGCGGUGGACAUAGAGGACCUGGUGUGCCUGCCCGCGGUGCACGGGGAUCAGCUCGAGUGCAGGUCUGUGAGCUGCGGGGACUGCGACCGGCUGGUGGGGUCGGCGAGGGAGGGGGAGGUCAGGCCAGGGGAUGUGUGUCCCUCCGCGCUGGCCUGCUCCUCCCCGCGCCGCGCCGGCUGCGAGGCUCUGGUCGCCGGCUAUCGCCAGAAGGAGGAGGAGGACGACGACCACCAGGCGGGGCACCACCAGGUGCUCCUGCUGCUGCUCGCUCUGUCCUUGUUCGUGGGCAUUGCAGUGUCCGUGUGGACUGCAGUGAUGGACGAGAUCUCUGGCAUCUACGUGGAGCUAGCCUUCCUAGACGCCACUCUCAACCUGGGCCAGAGCGUCCUGGUGUUCGCUGUGUUCUUCUGUGACAACGUCACCUUCUUAGCUUCUCAAGUCAACAGGUGGCACAGGAGGUGGACGAGCAGCGUGCCGCUGGUCCUGCCGCCCCUGGACGAGCUGGACUCUGACACUCGUCACGUGUGCGAGCAGUUCGUCACACAUCACCUGGACAAGUGCCGCAGGGAGGUGGCACACAACAAGAGGUGCCGGCUGCACUUCUACAAGGACGUGUUCAAGGGCACGGAGCUGGUGGACUGGCUGGUGCUGGUGGGUCUCGCGCGCGAGCGAGCAGAGGCCGUGCAGUACGCCAGCCAGCUGCUGGACGGCCGUGUCAUUAGGCACGUCCACAACCUUCACCACUUCCUUGAUAGUUCCUUGCUGUACACGUUCAAGCGUUCCCUUGAGUGACCGGUACAGUUCCCUUGCAAACGAGCUCUGUUGGGGUCAUGUUGGUGCAAUUAGCAAUGGUUGUAUGAUCCUAUUUCACACCUUAAUGAUUCAUUCAACAACUGUGUAUUCAUCACCGAUUUAUUUUUUCUGUAAGCUGAAACCAGUUUAGAUGGAUUCUAAAUGAAUUUGCUAUUGUGUGUGUUAAUAAUGAUUCAUUUCAACUGUCACUUGAAUCUGUCAAUAUAAGUUAGACACCAAAGUUACAAAACAUAUAGAUAUUUGGAAAAUUUAAGAAAUUAACUUGUAACGAUCAAUUAGCUAUUUUCGUUCAUGGUUAUGGGUUUGAUUUAGUAUUAUCACGUCAGCCAUAGAGCAGAGCAAUGCAAAUUCGUCAGCUGUUACAAGCUGCUGUGAUAGUGCAGAAUUUCAGUUAAAGGGAUCUCAGAUUUGUAAUUCUAUUUGCACAUGUGAAAUGUUGUUAAAACAAUGUGUGAUAUUUAAAGUCUUUCAUAAGUUGUGAUUUUGAAUUGUCACUGCGUGUACGUAUUGCUGGUGCUAUCGAUGGUAUGUUUUACUGUUAGCAAUUGAUUUAUGUAGAAGUUGUGAAAAAAUAUUGUGUUGUGUACAGUAUAUUUUAUAUUUUUGUUUUCAGUGUUUAUUUAUUGUGUUGCACGACUUGUUUUAAAAAUAAACAUUGCAAAGGAAAAUUUGUUUUUUUACUGCAGUGUACGAGCUUGAGG